AUGAGAGCGUCAGCAUCACGAAAAUUAUUUCCAAUGUGGAGGAUCUUUGGAUUGCUCCUCCUUUCUGCCAUGAUUCUAGCAGCACAGGCACAAACGAGAACUGUCAAGGUUCGGUAUGGCUACUUUCCCGAAGCCCGACCCGUUCGUGUCGCCUGCGCCCGUGGAUGGCUCAAUUUCGUGGAUGGCAAUACCCAAUAUCAGGUAGCCUGCUAUCCACAAACAUCUGGAGCCUUUGUGGCCUCCCGUUUGGACAGCGAUCAAUUGGAUCUUGCCGAUAUGGGAUCCACACCACUGGCCCAAGCAUUGGCACGAGAAAUUGACAUUUCGGUCAUUUACAUUACAGAUUACAAGGGCGAAUCUCAGGGAGUCUAUGUCCGUCCCUCUUCGGAUGGAUAUGUGGGCGUUGAGAAUCCGUUUGAUUUGGUGAAUCGCACACUGGGAGUUCCUUUUGGGUCUACCAUGCACUAUCAGGUUUUGUACAUUCUAGACUUGUUUGGAAUUACUGGCAGUGUCAGCCUUUUGAAUCUGUCCCCCACUGAAAUCAUUGAAGCAUGGGACGAUGGAACCAUUGAUGCGGCCGCCUGUUGGGGCGAAGCCCGAGAGCACGUCUUAGGUGGAAGCGGCGAUACUUCCAGUGUGGCCAACACGUUGGUAACAGCAGGAGUCAUGGGAGACUGGGGUCGACCUACCUUCGGGGUAGUUGCUGCCAGACGACCAUUUCUAACCGAACAUACUAACUUUGUAAGAUACUUUACAGCUGUCUUUGGCGUGCUGACGGAUUCCUUUAUCGACAAUCUGGGAACCGGCGACUCGGCCAAUGUUGCUCGUUGGACACCCCAGACAAAUGGGGUCAUUUCCUUUUUGCCAAGUCUAGCUGACAGCAUUAUGAAAGCGGACCAGUCGCCAAGAAGCCCAUCCAUUGACUUUAUCAACCAAGAACGAAGAGCCUUGGAUUUGUAUAUUCAGCAGAGUAUCACCGAGCAAGCAUCUUGUGACUAUCUACCUCCUCGGUUGGGGAUCUGCCGCAGACCAAGUCUACUGCAUGAAGCCAUCCAGCAAACAGCUGACUUUUUGCUCGAUCAAAAGAUAAUUCAGUCCAUGGGCCUGUUGGGGGAUAUGGGCGACAGUGGAUCCUGUCUUGACUCUAAUACUUUUUGCGGAAGUGAUGUGUUGAAUGGAGAAAUUCUGGAUAUCGGAGUACAACAGUAUGGCUCCCUCAUAUCUUCCUCCACCUUUUUGUCAGGAAAUGUCUUUGCUAAUUCAGAAAUUGGAAGAACCUCUGGAGAUUCCAAUUGCCCCGAAGAAGGAUUGAUCAAUCUAAGCAACAGGGCCAUUCAAAUUUCGGAUGGAGCAGACGCAAUCGCGGGAAAGAGUUACUCUGAUAACUUGAAAUGCAGUUGGAGGGUCCUGCGAGACGACCCAAACGAUGUUGUGGAAAUCAACUUUCAGAGAGUCAAGGUCUGGUCUGGGGACAGUGUACGCCUGUAUAGCAGCAGAUAUGCUAAUGAUUGUUUACCAUCCAAUCCAAGCUUGGUGCUCCUGGCUCAGAUUAGUGGCUUUGAUCUGGCUCAAAGCCUGCCUCCGCUUAGGGCACUUGGUUGUCUCUUGGUGGAAUUUGUGACCGAUGCCAAUCAAGAGCGGUCUUACGGAGAUCCUACCAGUGAUAGCGGCGAUGGGUUCGUGGCAAUAGCUCAAGAUUACACGAGCCAAACUUGUUCAUGCAACGGAUUUCCGUGCGAUAGCGACGGGAUGUGCCAAUGCGAUGGACUACACUGGGGCGGAGAUUGCUCCUUUACCGACUAUUGUCUUGGAACAACCUACUUAGAUACAUCUGGCAUUGGUACUAGAAUUGCAAGUUCCAACGCUCUACAAUCGGGACUGGCAGGUGCCACGCAGUUAUAUCCAAACGAUUUGGAUUGUCGUUUUGAACUAAAUUCUGGUCCUGGUAGAAACAGCAUUGUGUUUGAAGUCGAAUAUGACUUGGAAACGACUUUUGAUGUGCUGGAAUUAUACACGGGCUCGUUGAAUUCCAAAAAUUCGCUCUACACUACCUUGACGGGUAGUUCGCAUGGGAUGAGGGAAACCUACUACAUUCCCACAGACGCUAACGGCUCGGUCACGAUUCGUCUCGUGACCGACUCCAGAGGUAGACGUUCUGGUUUCUCUGGAGAUGUGCGGAGCGAUUUUGGAUCUCCUGCCUCUUGUAACUCUGGCCAGACUGGGUACAACUGUGAGAUAGAUCAUUGCAUUGCCCAGAAUGAGUUUGCCCCAGUGUCAUCAGGAAUCUAUACCAACCCACUUUUUCAAAUUGGCCGAGUCAUGAGUCAAAGAAACGACCUUUCUUUGCGUCCGAUCUCCUCAACUUGUACCUGGUCACUGAGUGCCACUGGUACGGGGUCGAUGAGAAUCGCUUUUACUGAUCCUUUUGAUUUGGAACCACACCGAUCCGGUUCCGUUGGCGACAAGCUUACCAUCGGGUCUACAGAGAUAUUUUCGGAAAGUUGUUCUUCGGACGAACAAUGCUCUAAUGAUUGGCAGACGGGUGUAUGUGAUACGAGCAAAGGCUCUUGUACUGUGAAGAGUGCAUUUGACUUGAAUACGAAUUCUGUUGACAUUGUUCUUAGCACUGACCGCAAUGACAAUGGAAAUACUUACCGAGGAGUGUUCUUCGAUGCUUUAGUUGUCCGAGCUUGCCCAGAAGGCGAAGGCCAACAACAGUGUGAACUAGGUGACGGUGGACAAUGUGUUGAUGGGGUGUGUGUUUGCCAGGGUGGCAUUGCAUGUGAUUGUCCUUGUGAUGGUAGUGGAGUCGUCUCAGAACUCGAUGCCGGUUUGCUGGCAGCAGUCAUCGUUCCGUUGAUAUUGAUAGCUGCCGGCGGAUUUUGGUGGUAUCGUCGACGAAAGAUUCUACGUUCGAGAGCUCAGAAGGCGGUCAUUGCCGAGAAAGAGGAGGAACUGGAAGCAUUUCGAAAUUCGGUUGUUGGGAUGAGGACAGCUACAACGCUCUACCUCCCGAGAUCGAAAACCAUACGCCAAUCGAUGAUACUCCCAGGAAAAUCAAUUGAAGACAUCGUUCCAAUGAAACCUCCACCCAAAUCCAAAAUCCAGUGGUGCUGGAAGGAAACUUCUCAUAUGAUGGAUAAUCACGCCCCAGACAAGAUUGUUGGAGAUCCGAGAGACUGCUGGAUAAAGUAUGACGCCGCCCAAAAUAUGAACCUGGAAACUGUGUAUCAACAGUAUUUGUCGAAUCAAACCAAGCAGAAUCGUAUCAUUUAUCCUUUGCCUGGAUACAAAGUCGACUUGGAGAAGAUGAUCCAGACAAAGGAGGCGACUGGAUUCGAACGAGACGUCCUUCGAGUAGAGCAAGUACCUGAUGCCUUGCAGGAACAAGCGCGAAAUGAGCGCAAGGAAAUCGAUAUGGAUGAUGUUGUGAUAGGUGAUUCGUUGCCCGAGGAGAUCUGUGAUGAACCGCAGAUGGCCUUGGUCGCAGGCGACGUAAUUCAAAUUUCUUCUCAGCGCCAAGAUGGCUGGGCAUUUGGAACAAAGCUCCAUCACCAAGAUGAAGCCGUCGCUCGCGAGCUUGUCCGUCUUGCGACGACAGGCGUUGCAACUGAUGAAGCUAACGUCUUCACUGAUACUGGAUGGUUUCCAGUGGAGCAUACUGAGAUUCCAACAGGAGAACAACUUGCGGUUCUGCAAAACAAAGUCGGUGACACAGGCGCGCUUGACCCUCCAAGCUAUUGGGAUGCUGUCAACGAUCCGUCUAUUGUCCAACGGCAUUCUUUAGGAAAGGAUGACCCGGAACGCAAAGCUGUGAUCAAGGCAUUCAAGUCGACGUUGAAACCUCCAAACUUCAACAAGAAGGUGAAGAUUAUGAAUGUUGAGCGUAUUCAAAACUUGGCCAUGUGGCAAAGUUAUGUCGUCAAGCGGCAAACAAUCUGCUAUCGGGAGGCUGGUGCUGAUGCAACUGAACAUGCACGCGAAAAGGCGAUCGAGCGGUUUGAACGACAUUGGCUCUGGCACGGUACCAAUGUGGAGGUGAAGGACAAGAUUGUGCAACAGGGAUUCAACCGUUCGUUCUGUGGAAAAAAUGCCACGGUGUAUGGCAAGGGCGUUUACUUUGCUCGUGAUGCAUCUUACUCUGCAUACCCCACCUAUUCCGUGCCGGACGCGAAAAACCACCAGUACAUUAUGGCAUGUCGUGUCACAGUUGGAGAAUACUGUCCAGGUGUACAAAAUGGCUUGACCCCUGAUGUUCGUGAUGUCCAGACCCAAACCCUUUAUGACUCGACCGUCGGACUUUUACAUGGCGAUAACAUGUCCAACCCGUCCAUCUAUGUCACAUACCACGAUGCCCAAGCGUAUCCUGAGUACUUGAUCGAGUUCAAACUUUCAUAG